UCUGUAAGAGCGGCACAAUGUGUGGCAUCACCACAGCACGAGAAAGACAAUCCUGCAUUGUCCAAUUCAUUGAAAGGUCUAAAGAUACUGGGUGUCUCCCAACAGUCACUGCUUCAGUGCCUUUCCUGAAGGGCCUGUGUCUUGUGGUGCAAAGAAAUGGAAAAAUAUGCCUGCAGGAUGUUGUCAACAGAGCUCCUGUGUGCUUCUUGAUGCCUCCCACAACUCAUCUGCUUGCAACUCCCUGCAGUCCCAUUUUUGCUUUAAACAACAAACAGCAAACUUUGUUCGUACAAGGUGACAGUGACCCGAUCGGUUCUCCUAAUGGAACCUGCCAGUGUGACCUCUUCGUGUUCCAUUUCACAGAGCCAGACAUCAUUCGGCCAUAUGUGGUUUCACUUUCUGAGUCUCCAAAGCAACCAGAAACGAUGAGCUUUGCUGCCCUGGAAAAAGCUUGUGAUCUCUACCUCCACCAAAGAGCGCUGUCCAUGGCAUGAAAGGAACAAAGCCAUCAUGCAGACAUGGAAACAACUCCUGGAAACUGCAGUGGUUCUCGAACAGAGACGCACCAGCAGUGCUUCCCGCCAUCAAAAGCAUUCCUGAGGA